AUGGAGUUGGGUUUACCCGAUAUAACCGGUACCCUCCACCCCUGGCUCUCAAUCUUCAUCCAACGCCCCCUCGUAACCGCCACAUCCACCUCAUCAGCCCUUCCAUCUACCUCCACCAUCACACCUCCCAACUUCCCCUCCCCAAUCCCCACAACCUGGCUCUGCAUCGCUGUCCCCCUCUCAAACAUAACAACCUACCCCAUCCAACCCGACACCACAAUUCCCCCCUCCCUCCUCGAAUCCACUUUCUCCCACCCCCAACACGGGCUCCCCACUAAAAAACUCGCCCAAACGUCAAGACUACGACUCUCCUUCAAGGAAUACCCAUCUUCGAAUUUUCCACCCGGACACUCUUUCCCCAGCCGGAAAAACCUCUAUCCGAAACACUGCACUCACUGCGGAUUUUCUCUCCAUCGAGUACCCAUCCCUACGAUUCAAGUGAUCCCUAUCUUGUGUUUCCGCUACAGGUAUCCCAGAAUCCGGGAUUGCUACAGCGGGAAGCACAGAAGUAUGCAAAGGCGGUGGGAGUAA